AUGGCGUCCCAGGACGAUCGGUGGGGAGGUGGCGAGGACGGCAGCUCGCUCUUCGAGGGCAUGGUCCUCUUCGCGCCAGAACCCGCCGCUACCGAGGACCCGGUCCCUGCCCCCGCCCCUGCCCCUGCCCCUGUCCCUGAGCUGCCACCCGCCGCCCGCCCCGACGCCGACGCGGCUUCGUCCGCGCCACCGCCGCUCGACGAGGACCUCUUCUCCGAUCUCACCCUCCUCGCCCCGCAGGAGCCGCUCUCGCUGGAGCAGCCGCCGCCCCCGCAAGGCGAGGAUCGGGGCCACGCGCCGCUUGCCCCCGCGCCGUCGCCCGCGCCGCAAGCCACUGCUGCGGCGCUCUCCCGGCAGCCGUCCUCCUCUUCGCUACGGAAGAAGAAGAGGGCCGUGCGCAUCGGGUACGGCCGCUCGCCGCAGCCCGCGCCGCCUUCCCCUCCUGCCACGGUUCGUGCCUCCGCAGCAGCUGCUGCGAUCUCCGCUAGCAGUAUCGCCUUCCUGGACGCUUCGCCGCAUCCGGCCGCUACUCGUACCAUCGAUCAGCUCCCUGAUCAGCAAGUCGAUGUCUAUGCCAACGGCUACGAGGCGCACGCGGAGGCGGUGUAUGUGGAUACCAAUUCACCGCCGCGUGUAGAGGAGGCGGCAAAGGAGGAGGACGAUGAUGGGAAAGAGAACGAAGAUGCUGGAGUUGCAGCCUUGGGGAUCGAGGAGAGGCUGGCUCUCCUCAGAUCCCAAAUCUCCGGCAAGCUGGACUCCAUCCAGCAGAGGGCUGCUGCCGUGGCUGCCAAGAGGAGGCUUCUGGCUGGCCGGCGGAGGAAGGUGGCGGAGGAGGCGGCCUCCGUGGCAUCCAGGCACAAGGAUUUGGAGAGGGAGCUGGAGGAGGCCUUGGAUUCGGAGCUGCAGGAGGUGCUUGAGUCUCGUAUUGCUGCCGAGGAGGAAGCUGCUGCCCUUCUGGAGCAAUUUGCAAAGGAUGCCAUUGAGCAUGCUAAUUCGGAGAGCAAGCAAGCACAAGAAUUAUCCUCGAAAGAAAUAGAAGGGUGGCAAACAUCAAUGGAGUUACUAGAAACAAAGAAGUUAGAAAUUGAAGUUGAAACACAGUUGGUUUUAGAAGCACGUUCUGGGUUGGAAGGGUCAAUAGAGCAUUUGGUUGAAGAAGACAAACUGGAGAAAGAUACACUUAGUAAAAAAGGAGAAAUCCUCGCUAAGGAGUUAGCUGAGCUUCUAGAGUUGGUGAGGUUGAAAGAAGCAGAGAUAGCUGAAAACAAUGCCCGGAUCCAUGAAGUUCAAGAAAGAAUCAGUUCAGUGGUCUCCAGAUUCCAUGGCUCUCAGUCAGAUAUUGACUUGAAGCUCAAUUCCUUGAAGGAAGCCCAAAGUAAAGUGGAUCUAGAGACUGAAGAACUUGUGUUGAAAAAGAAUGAAAUUGACAAGUUCAUUUCUUUAACAGAGCAAAAAGAUUCAGAGUUGAGGGAAAUUAUUGGUGCUUGUUCCUCUGAAGCAAAAACUUGCCAACAAUCAGUUGAAAUAAGAAGAAAGCUUGCAUCAUCGAUUUUGAAGUCAAGAGAGGAUAGAAUUGAGUUGCUAAAAAUGGAGGAGGAAUUUUUGCAAGACAUUCAAAUGCUUAGGCAAAAAAUUACAGAUGCAAGAACUACUCUUCAGGAGGUAUCGUCAAGGAGAACAAGCAUACAGCAAGAAAUGGAUUCAUUUAAGCAGAAAUUGAGCUUCAUUGACAAAAGGGGCCCUGAGCUAGAGGCUGAAAAGAAAGUUGCGGCUGCUGCAAGAAACUUUAAGGAAGCAGGAAGGAUAGCUGCAGAGGCAAAAGCUCUUAAUUCCGAAAAGGACGAACUGCAUGGUAAGUUGGAGAAAGCUGCUACUGAUCUAGAGAUAAUAGAAAAGGACAUUGUAGCAACAACAGACAAGAUACAGGAAUGCGAAGGGCUUAUUGUACUUAAAGAAAAAGAGUCAGCAUUGACAAGUUACAAAAGACUCCGGUUAGAUUGUGCUGCUGCUAGAGCAGAAUUGACUGCUGCAACUGAAACAGAUGAUACUGAUGAAGUUGAGAUACUACGCAAAGAAGCUGAAGCUACAGAAUCUAAAGCAAUGGAACUCAAAACAUGCUAUGACCUCCAGGUGGAGGACGAUGAGUUCAUGUUUCAGCCUGUAGUCCCUAUAGCAUUCAUAACAAAUUCAGCAGGGCAGCACUUGGCAGAAAUUGCUUCUUCAUUCGGCCUAUCUCCUCAGAAGUGA